AUGGACUCCUUUGCAAUACAGGCUGAACCACUCACACAACAAGGUCAUGAAUAUGAGGUGGAUCAGUCAGAGACGUUAGAAGAGGUUCCAGACCCAGAGGGAUCCGAGGAGCCAAAGACGAAGAGGCAGAAUGGUUUCAUCGUGGUGACAACUGCCAGGAACUGCAAGAGGCUGCACAAAGCUGCUGGGGGUUGUUGGAUGGCUAGAGAGAAGAUAUUCAAAGCUUCACAGGAGUUUGAGAACAAGCCGGACGAGGUGAUGGCAAUUCCCGCCUUGGUGGGACCGCGUACGCUGGCAGAAUCAUUGAAGCUUGGGAGUUCAGACCUGAGAUUUACUUUGAGCCGAAACGAUGUUCCAGACGAUAUGCAGGCGCACUUCUUUGAGAAUGGUGUUACGAGCGUUAGCAAGUUUUCUUCAUUUUUCAGAGAUGAAACAGAUCUUGUACAUGUGUUGAGAGAUGAAUUCAAUGUGGAUGCUGCGAAUGCUUUAGCAGAUCGUGCAAAGGUAGCUGCAGUGAUAUGUUCAUGGAAGGACACGGUUACAAAGGCAAAACGACAAUCGGAGGUGGAGGCAGAGAUGAACUCCAGAGAGUGGACCAAACCCAUUCCAGUUGGAGACUAUGUGCAGCUUAAGAAUUUCUUUCAAACUUCAGUUGGACAAGUUGAAGAUCGAGUCAUGCCUUCGAAAGAAUAUUUAGAAAAGAAACUGCAAGAACUGGAAAAUGGUGAGUUCAGAGCUGAGACGUUGUCAGAGGUGGUUUCAAAGGACGAAAUUGAUCCAGAUGUAUUGGUCCCAGUUUUUGAUAGCAAAGGAAGUUUGUCAGUGAAAAAGGGAAGCACCACGGUGGCGAUGCCAACGGGACCGGAGCAACUUCGCCGUCGCCUCAGUGUCAUGCAGAACUGCUUGAUGAUGUUAGCACUGAAGUACGUUAGCAGAGAAGAAAUCCAAGAUGUUACGAAAGACAUAUUUGAUCGAUACAAAGACUACAUCUUGGGCGACUAUGUUUGGGGCUUGAGUUCAACAGAUUUGAAUGGACAGCAGAUUCAGACACCUCCUUGGAGUCUGGUGCUUUCAUAUGAACAUGCUGUGAGAAAAAGGGCGUACAGCCUCAUGUUGACGGAGCGCCUGAUGCUGGGCGCAGCGUUGGAGAAGGCUUGGAAGUGCCCGACAACAAAGGAGAGGCAUUUCAUUACUCCUUUGGCUUUGUAUUCGAAACGGGCUUAUCCACAGAACAACAAUCAGAAUGCAGGCAACUGGAACCCAAAGGGUAAAGGAAAAGGAAAAACGAAGUCCAAAGGAUCUCAGAAAGGGUCUGGACAAGGACCGGAUGGUGAAAAGAUUUGCUUCAGGUUCAAUGCUGGAAAGUGCAACUAUCAGAAGUGCAAGUUCGCUCACAUGUGUAAUAAGUGUUUCAAGAAGGGUCACAACGCGCUCAACUGCAAAGAGAAGACCACGCCCGACACGACGGGCACCUGA